AUGAUGGUCUGUAAUCGGUUCACUGUUGUGUUCAUUGCGGCGGCUGCCUCCGUGUGUGGGCUUCUCAAAACACCAGCCACGACUCCGCCGAACUCUACAACAGAUGGCGCGACGGGAAACGCCCAGCAGUUCAGUGUCGACCAGGUUCAAGAGCUAUUCGCAGCGUUUGUUGAAACACAGUUUCCAGCGAAGCGAGAGAGACUAGCCGUUGAGGCGCUCGUGGACUGGGCCGUCGCAGAAAGCGAGGUUGAAAUAUCUGGGGAACAACCAAAUUUUGAGGAAGAUGCAGCUGACUUUGAGACGGUCGUCUCAAGGGUAGCAAACUCCCUGGAGGCAACAAUGGCUGCAGAGGCGGAUGCUGAAAAGGACAAGUAUUCCGCACCGCGAGGCGCAGCGAAUCCCUCAUCUCCCGAGGACAUUGAAGCAUGGAUUCAACAGAAGAAAGCAUCAAGAGAUUCCUAUGAGAGAGUAGCCGAGGCAUUUUGGUCUUUCGUCGAAUUUUCUCGACUGGUACCCCACGCCACGCAGGGUUCCUCGUCAGCGACCUUUUCGGCCCCCCAAGCGGAAUCGACGGACCCCGCAACAGCAGUGGUUCCGGGAACCCCAGGUGGACAGCAUUUCUAUCGACCAGCAGCAGGCGAUUCUGAGGUUAUUAUCUUCCUAAAUGUAUCGCCAAUGACGCUGCUUAACCGGAUUUGCCAAGGCCAGAGAGUCGCUUGCGCGGAGGUCUUCCAGGUAUCGUUGUACACUGCAAUACAAGCCGUCGUCAACGAUGCCGCCUUCACACAGGACCGCGUCAAAAUGGGAAAUGUGGGAAUGCGAGGCUCAGGAGUACAGCAGGCUGUCCUCAUUUAUGGAGACGGUGACCUGCGCCUCGCUGAUGCUUUGGAACUCGUGCUAGAGGAUGUGCAGUUCUGCAAUGCAGAUCCUUCGCGUCCUAUCUGCCGGACUCUCACGGGUCAAACUCUUGUUGAGAACAAUGUCACGCCCAAGGUCCUAACCAAACGGGUUGUCGGGUAA